ACAGCCGCUGACUUCACAGGAGGAGGAGGAGGAGAAAGGCUGUGGGAAGAUGGGGACCGCCUUUCCGUUACCAGCCUGAAAAAGAAGUUCGAGGAAGUUGAGAGAAGUAGGAGUGGGAAGGGGUGGGAGUGUUUGUUGUGGAUUGACUGACUCCGCGGUUCUAUGAGAGUCGCAGGCAGUUAGCAGAACAUCCCCUGGAGCGGCGACAUGUACCUGUACGGCCGGGAGGAACCCGAGGAGGGUUCGGCGGACUCCUACACUAGCCGUCCAUCUGAAUCAGAUGUAUCCCUGGAGGAAGACCGGGAAGCUGUACGGAGGGAAGCAGAGCGACAAGCCCAUGCCCAGCUGGAAAAGGCAAAGACUAAACCUGUUGCAUUCGCAGUACGGACAAAUGUUGGCUAUAGCGCUGCACUGGAUAAUGAUGUUCCUGUCCCAGGCAUGGCUAUCUCAUUUGAACCAAAGGAUUUCCUACAUGUUAAAGAAAAAUUUAGCAAUGAUUGGUGGAUAGGACGGCUGGUUAAGGAAGGCUGUGAAAUAGGUUUCAUCCCGAGUCCAGUCAAACUAGAAAACAUGAGGUUCCAGAAUGAUCAAAAGGUGAAGCAAGGAAAAUAUCACUCCAGUAAAUCAGGUGGAAAUUCAUCUUCUAGUUUAGGUGAUGUGGUACCCAGUUCUAGGCGAUCUACUCCUCCCUCUUCUGCAUUUGAUUUAGAUGCCAGUGGCUUAGAUGCAGAAGACAAUGACUCCCCAGCAAAUCACCGCUCCCCUAUAGCCAGUGUAAACAGUCUAACGUCUCCCCAGUCUAAAGAGAAAAGAAUGCCCUUUUUUAAGAAGACUGAACACAUCCCUCCUUACGAUGUAGUGCCUUCUAUGCGACCAGUAGUUUUAGUGGGGCCUUCUCUGAAAGGAUAUGAGGUGACAGACAUGAUGCAAAAAGCAUUGUUUGACUUUCUGAAACACAGAUUUGAAGGAAGGAUAUCAAUCACACGGGUCACAGCUGAUAUUUCCCUUGCCAAACGCUCAGUGUUAAAUAAUCCCAGUAAACAUGCAAUAAUUGAGCGCUCUAACACCAGAUCCAGUUUGGCUGAAGUCCAGUGUGAAAUAGAGCGGAUCUUUGAACUAGCAAGAACACUGCAGUUAGUAGUCCUUGACGCAGAUACAAUCAACCAUCCGGCUCAGUUGGGCAAAACCUCUUUGGCUCCUGUGAUCGUCUAUGUGAAAAUUUCAUCUCCAAAGGUUUUGCAGAGAUUAAUAAAAUCCAGAGGAAAAUCCCAGGCUAAACACCUGAAUGUGCAGAUGGUUGCCGCAGACAAACUGGCUCAGUGCCCGCCUGAAUUGUUUGAUGUAAUUCUUGAUGAAAAUCAGCUGGAAGAUGCCUGUGAGCAUCUCUCUGACUACUUAGAAGCUUACUGGAGAGCAACCCACCCUCCUAGCAGCAAUCCUUCCAAUCCUCUCCUCAGCCGGACAAUGGCAUCUGCAGCUCUUCCUACAAGCCCAGCACCAGUCUCCAAUCUACAGGUUGAACAAAAGCAGGGAGAGCAGAAACCACCACCUUCAGGACCAGAGAGAACUGCUUCGCAGGAGGAAGAGAAACCACCAGAGGCAGUGAAAAAGUCCCAACAUCGAACUUCUUCCUCUGCAAAGCAUCACAAUCACCGCAGCACUGCGAGUCGGGGCCUAGAGAGACAAGAGACAUUUGACUCUGAUACCAAAGGCAGCAGGGAUUCUGUGUAUAUAGAACCAAAGGAUGAUUAUACAGAUAGCGCUGGUGAUCAUUACAGCUCACACCACAAUCAUACAGAAGAACCCCAAGGGGAUGGCACCCACAGGCAUAAAGAGUCAAGGCAUCGUUCUAAGGAACGAGACAGAGAACAGGAUCAUAAUGAACGGAACAAACAACGUAGUCGGCAUAAAUCAAAGGAUCGAUAUUGUGAUAAAGAUGGGGAUGUUGCAUCUAAAAAAAGAAAUGAUGUCAAUGAAUGGAACCAGGAUGUAUACAUCCGCCAAUAACUCUGCCUACAGCUGCUGUGUCCCUUUAGUUAGUGUGUGCGUGUGUGUGCGUGCUUGUGUGCGUGUGUGUGUGUGUGUGCGUGCGUGCGUGUGUGUGUAAAAGAAAAAGUAUAUAUUUACCUGAUCAGUCUAUAAAGUUUAUUGUACACUUGAGAUUUCAUACGAGUUGUUGCUGAGGCAGCAUGGAAUUAAAUUCAAUAUGUUUCAUUUUAAAACAUGGUACAAUUACAGAACUGCUAGUGUGAUACUGUGCUGUUAGUGUUAUUGGUUUGAUUUUGAUUGCUGCCAGCUGAACAAUAACUGUUACUAGCAAACUACUGUUAAUGUUCUUAAGCAAUGUAUAUGUGGGGGAAUAACAAAUUUUCCUGGGUAUCCAGGAAAGUUUGGAUCAGCUUCUACUGUAGUUUACCAUUCUUUUUCCUCAGAAGUUUAAUUUCUGCAUUCUCAACUUUUAUUUUUGAAUGAAAUAUUUACAAGUUUAAAAAUCACCCUGGCUUAUAUCUGUAGUUGGGGUGGGAUUGAGGAAUUUAGUCUUGCCUUACACUUCAGAGUUAAUUAGGAGAAAGUAUUUUCUAAGUACAGGUACUAUGUACUGUAUAUAGACUAUGUUUCUAUUUGUACUCUACAUUUAGAAAUCAUUUUAAAAAUAAUAUAGUUUUAGUCACUAUAUCUGCUUCAAAGUCUGAAAGAAGAUGGAUUUCCCCUUUAAUCAUGCCAACUAUGAUUGGCUCCUUUUGAAUAAUUGGUACUUAAGAGUUUUCAUUUCAACCCCUCCCUAGCUUUUGAAAUUCAGAACUUAGAUGCAUACGUCAUCGAUCAUUGGGUGGGAAAUUAAAUAUAUAAUAUAUUAUAUAGAGACAUAUAUUGUUUAGAAUUUUUUUGUAAAAUGCUAAUCUUAACUGACAAAGCGGUUUACUUGGUAAGUCUAAGUUAUAUACCAAAUACUGAAUAUUAUGUACGUUAUAUGAUAUUUUUCUGGUUAGGAAUUGCCUGAGGGUUCUGUGUUAUUGUUCCUUUGUUAUAAACUAUCCAACUUCUCCAAAUAGCUUUGUCUUAUUGCUUAAUGAGCAUAAGAUGAGCUGUUCUGGUUAC